AGUCCGGGGUCACACUGAUACCAGCCCUACCAAAAAAACAAUAAUAAUUAAAAAUAAUUUUUAAAUUAAUUUAAUCAAAAUGAUACCGAAGAAAACGACGGUGAAGGACUCGCACAUAGUGAAGAUAGCCGUGGAGCGCGAGAAUCAUAUGGCACAGUUGAUAAAUCUGGAUCAGAGACAUCCGCUAGCAAGUAAAAUCCAGGAUAUAUGCAAUGGUUGGUCCAUCAGCGACCAUCAGAACUACGCCCUGCAGUUCUGCGAUUCGAACAACCAGAAAUAUGUGACGGAAAAGAAUCGAAACGAGAUCAAGAAUGGCUCUGUACUCCGUCUGCAGUAUUCGCCGUCGAAGACGGCCAGCGAUGCCAUGGAAACGCUGCUCAAUGGCAGCCCUCAGGAGAAGGUCCAGCGACUGCAGGAUCUCACAUCGCUGAGCACCGAUCACACAUUUGCCUUGGAGUUCAUCAAGGAGAAGGGUCUGGACAUACUCAUCAAGAUGAUUGAAGAUGUCGGCCAGAAUAACGAAGACAUCCUGAAGUACAGCUUGGGCAGCUUCGUUGAGCUGAUGGAGCACGGCACGGUGUCCUGGGAGGUGCCCGAGAACUCAUUUGUCGCCCGAAAUAUUGAGAUUGUGCGAAAUUUCCAAAAGUAUCCGACAAACUGUGGCGAGAGCGCGCUCUCCAAUCUGGAGAAUAUCGUGCAGUGUAGCAGCAAGCACGUGCUGGUGGCCGAGGACAUCAAGUUGCAGGAUAUUCUGCGCCUGCUGCAGGAGGUCAACUCGCCGGUGAUGCGCCAGAAUGCCAUUGCUCUGCUGAAUGCUCUGUUCGUGAAGGCGGAUGAGGCGCGCAGGCGAACGAUUGCCAACACGAUUAGCGCCAAACAGUUCCGCCUGGCCCUGAUUGGCAACGGUCUCGGCACGGAAAUGACCCACCAGCUGUAUGUGCUGCAAACGCUGACUCUGGGCCUCUUGGAGAAGCGUAUGCGCAUGAAGAUGAAUGCCCAAGAUCAGGAUGCACACGAGAAAAUCAAGGAGCUGCGUCGCAUUGCCUUUGACGAUCACACCACAGCACUGAGUCAGAGUGACGAUCACAUUCGUCGCGGCGGUGGAUCGGGCGCUGGGAAUAUCAACUUUUCCCAGUACUACAAAAAGUUGGGCUUCAAAUGUGACAUCAAUCCCGCUCAGGAUUUUAUAGAAACGCCACCAGGAAUUCUGGCCCUCGACUGCAUGGUGUACUUUGCCCGCAACUACACCCAGCAAUACGCAAAGAUUGUGCGAGAGAACUCGUGCCGUGCGGAUGAGCACGAGUGUCCCUUUGGACGCACCUCCAUUGAACUGGUGAAGGUUCUGUGCGACAUUCUGCGCAUUGGUGAGCCGCCAGCCGAGCAAUCCGGCGACUUUCAGCCCAUGUUCUUCACCCACGACUCGCCGUUCGAGGAGUUCUUUUGCAUUUGCGUCAUAACGUUGAAUCGCACGUGGAAGGACAUGCGUGCCACAGCGGAAGACUUCAGCACCACCUUCAGUGUGGUGCGUGAGCAGAUUCAGCGCACACUUAAAUGCAGGCCAGAGAACCUGGAGGACUUUCGCAAUAAGAUUGCUCUGCUCACCUAUCAGCAGAUUACAACUCUGCGUCAGCAGGAGCGCACAUCGAAGGAGGAGUGCGAUUCCACAGCCUCGGCGAUUGUCAAACUGAAGGAGAAGAUAUCGCCGCACAUUCUGGAGCUAAUUAAGCAACAGCGUCUCUCGUUUUUGGUAGAAGGCACUCGCUUCUCCAAGUAUUUACGUGGCACACGAACCAAAGACAAGUUCUGGUAUGCCCGCCUCUCGCCGAACCACAAAGUCAUUCAUUACGGGGACUGCGAUGAGAAGAACAUACCGACACUGGAGGAGCUGCCCAAGAAGCUGCCCAUCAGUGAGAUUAAGCAGCUGCUGGAGGGCAAGGAGUGUCCGCACAUGAAGGAGACACGCAUACGCAAGUCGGCAGUGAAUUUGGCCUUUUCCAUUACGUUUGAGAGCAUGGAUCACUCGACGCUGGACUUUGUGGCGCCCGAUGAGAGCAUAUUUAAUUAUUGGACGGAUGGCAUUAAUGCGCUGCUCGGCCAGCCGAUGGUCAGCAAGCAGAAGAACGAAGAUUUUGAUACACUGCUGUCAAUGGAGAUAAAGCUGCGUCUGCUCGAUACAGAGGGUGUUGACAUCAGCAAGGAUCCACCACCGAUACCCGAGGAUCCCGAGAAUUACGAUUUCUGUUUCGAGAGCUAAGCGAGGCAGUCAACGAUAAUAUCAUUCAUACUUUAGAUUCCCUUCACCACAAGAUACAUGCCAAAGUGUACCCCAUUACAAUAUUCUCCGAUUUGAUAUUUUUUUAUUCGUAGUAUUUUUGUUUGUUUGUGCAAUUCAAUUACCUAUAUCGAAAUGCAGUUCCGUUUAGUGAACAUUUUACACGUACACCAUACCAUACCAUUUAUUAAUUAUAUUUAGUAUUAUAUAAUAUAGAGGAGAUUCAUUAAAUAACACAUUUUAUAU